CCGGCCAAAGGUGGGAUUAUUAGAAUCAAAUUUUCCUUUUUAUUAAUCAACUAAAUUAACUGUCCACAUUCGUAAUCGGGCCCGGGUAGUGUCGUUAUUGGGCCUUCAACAGAAGAGCAUUGGACUCUUUCCAUUUCUCCUAUCGACCGCCAAAACAAUUCCCCGCAUUUCCAAAUAUCACAAAAAAAAAAAAAAAAAAUGAAAUGAAAAUUAAAAAACAAAAAGAAAUAUUGGGUUUGAAAAAAUAGAAAAAUUCAGGAAGAAGAGAAGAGAAGAAACGGAAACCUAACCUGAAUGGUGAAAGCUGAAUAACAUUAUCUUCUUCCUCAAUUCAUUCCUCUUUCAAUCUGUUCUUCCUUGAUUUUUGACAUGUCCAAUAGGCUUAUCUGCAAGUUCUUUAAGCAUGGAGCAUGUCUAAAAGGGGAGCAUUGUGAAUAUGCGCAUGAUUGGAACGCUCCUGCAAACAAUAUUUGCACUUUUUAUCAGAGAGGAGCUUGUGCUUAUGGAAGCCGUUGUAGAUACGACCAUGUUAAAGUUUCUCAACUUCAGUCGUCUGCUUCAUCGUCAUCAACUGCCUACUCUGGAACAGAAAUCCCUGAAAUAACGAGUGGGAUGGCUCCAGUCAGUCCAGUCUCCAUUAUUCAACCAGAACUGCCACCUUCAAGCAGACAAUUCUUUCCUCCCAACAAAGCAGCAUGGAGUCAACAGUCUGAUAUCUCUGAUACUGUGGAAGAUGAUUUGAUUCCUCAACCUAGGAGUGAUAGACUGGCUGAUCAAGUUAUUUGCUCAUUUGCUGCUGCUGGAAAUUGCCCCAAGGGGGAGAAGUGUCCUCAUAUUCACGGGGAAUUGUGCCCUACUUGUGGAAAACACUGCCUGCAUCCAUAUAGGCCUAAAGAGAGGGAGGAACAUUUUCAAACCUGUGAGAAAAUGCAGAAACACCUUGAAGCACUGAAACGCAGUCAAGAGAUAGAGUGCAGUGUGUGCUUAGAACGUGUGCUCGCCAAGACAGCAGCCUCUGAACGGAAGUUUGGUUUGCUAUCAGAAUGUGACCACCCAUUUUGUAUAACUUGCAUCAGAUUUUGGCGUAACAGCUCACCAACCUCUGGAAUGGAUGUUAAUUCAACAUUGAGGGCUUGUCCUAUAUGUCGCAAGCUUUCGUAUUUUGUCAUUCCAAGUGUGCUUUGGUAUUUUUCGAAAGAGGAGAAAGAUGAAAUUGUUGACAGUUACAUGGCCAAGCUUAAGUCCAUUGAUUGCAAGUACUUUGACUUCGGCAGUGGUUCAUGCCCUUUCGGAACUAGUUGUUUUUACAAGCAUUCAUAUCGCGAUGGCAGUCUUGAGGAAGUUGUGCUACGUCAUCUAGGGGCCGCCGAUGGUGAAACUUUAAUAGCUAAAAAUAUUAGCCUUGCGGACUUCCUCAGAAAUUUGCAUAUAAGCUGAACCAAGUUUGGGAAAGUUUCCAGUGUUUGUAUGAAUCUUAAAGAAACAUGUAAAUUCUGGAGUAUCUGAAUCAUAAUAUCAGAUUCCAGUGCAUCUGAAGGAUCGACUUCAGGCAUGAUAAACUGUAUUGAAAAUUUACACAAAUUACAUAAGGAUAAUACUUCUACAUGUCCCAAUGGGUGGCCUCUCAUAAAGUUUCCAUCUGCAAAGGAUAAUGUGAAUGUAAGGUUGUUGUAAUACAAGUUUCAGUAAACAAUAUUUUGUACAUGAUUUUUGCCAAUCAUGGUCCCAUUUGCUGCAAGCUGUUUUGGUUUCAGUUGUGAAAUGAAAGUAUGAUUGUUCGAUAUUUAUUAUGCCUGGGACCGGAAAUGUCUUAAUCUUGUAGCAGUUUUGCCGUAACAAUUUACCUUCAGGUGAACAAUUAGAAGCCAUUCUUUUAAUUGGCAUAACUUGAGAAUUAUAUGAUCUUUUUUUGUGUGAAAACAUACUAAUAAAUGUUAUAGUACAUUAUUAUUGUGGC